UUUGGAUUUUGCAACAGUCCACUAGUGUCAAAGAUUCUUUCGUCAGUACGCCCUGGGCUGGACCGUGGCUGUCAGGACCACAUGAGUAGACCUGGUCUGAAAAUCAAACAAGGCAUCACCUUGUCCCUGAUUCGCAGAUGUCCAGGUCAAUUCCAGUGCUCCCAUUCCAUACAAUGUUGCGUUCACACGAGUCUCACCAGUUCAGCACGGCAAUGAGGACAAUGUUCAUCUUCUUUGGAAUGCUUUUCACCCUUUCAAAUGCAGAAUUCCAAGUGAGCCUUCUGAAAGAGUCAGAUGGAGUUGUAACAGGCAGGUUUGCUGACUCUUUACUUUUGAGCCUGCCUCCAUGUGCUUUGGCAACACAGAGUGUGACUUUGGAGUACAACAACACUGACACCAACGAGAGCAAAACUUUGGUCAAUAUAUUCAAAGUGCUCCCCUGUCGGUUCAGAAGGGACAUCAUCUCAACCAUUGAAAAUAAUGGCCAGUUCACUACCAGCAGAAACCCGGGUUAUCAAGUGACAAAUCUCACCACUGGCUCAACAUACAGGCUUCAGUAUGUGGUAGGGGCAGAGAAGAGCAACAUUCUGGAGGUCUCUACAAGACAAGUCAAAGACCCCAACCAAAUAGACUCUGGCCUGCCAGCACGCAGUGGAGCCAUGGUGGUCAUCACUGUCAUACUGUCUGUUUCCAUGUUCAUUUUGCUGGUAGCCCUCAAUGUCACUGUUGCCCAUUCCCUUGGUGGGGAUUAAAACACAUCUCUAAAGUCUGAAUUUCAUAUUUACAAUAGAUUUGAUAUGGAUACAUUUAUACUUCAUAUGCAAACACACAUAUACAAACACUUCAUAUGCAAACACGCACACUGCACAUUAUUUAAUGAUACAGUACCUUUGAACAAUAUUCUAUGAAGAAUCUGUUUCCAGAACUUUAUAGUACAUUUAAAACCUUGCAUUAUAGUGUUUAAUGCAGUUUCAACUGCUGUCUAUAGUGUUAGCUUAUUUAGAGUAUGACUGAAUUAAAAUGGUUUGAAAAGUGAA